AUGGAGCGCCCAUCACAAGAGUCUCUCGAGUCCGACUCGCAGUCGCCGACAGAUACGCGACCAGCCGGAACGCGCCUCGAGCGGGACGACAGCAACCUCCUGUCUGAGAGCUAUCAGUCCCAGGCCACUGUGCGGAGGAGACCAGACGUAUCUUACGGUACCGUGCAAACCCCUCCGCCGGCGAGCAAUACCCAGUAUCUGGGCGAGUCCUCCGCUCAGGGUUCAUCAGCCCACGAGCGAGCCCAUGGACGAGCUAGCCAACCCCUUCGAUCCCCGAUGCUGGGCCCGGAUCGUGGCAGAGCGCGACCAAGAAAGCCACCCAUGGCUCGCCGUGCUUCCUCGAACGUGCAGCCUUACAGGGGAGGUGUUUUCUCGACGGACGACGCCGCUGAGGAGAUAGAAGAGGGAGUUCCCGAAGACCAGCCGAACUUCCCGUCGCCUCGUCCCCAACAUUCCAAGGACUCGGUCAGGCAGGCGUCGACGGUGCGGCGGCGAACCGUCGCGGCUGCUCCGUCUCUGUCGCGGGUACAGUCGAGCCGAAGUGUUGAUGGUGACGAUGCAGGCAUCGAGGAGCGCCUAGAAGAGGAGGAUGAUACAGCUAACGAGGCAGAGGCACAGAACGUAGACACCGGAGGGACGGAUGAGGAUACCCCCGUCGAUGACGACGACGACAGUGAUGUCAGCGAUGCCGAGAGCUUCACCCUGAAAGAUCGCCAGCAGGCCAUCAACGAGACCCAUCCGUUCGGUAUAAGGCUGUGGAAACCUGCCUUGUAUAAGAAGGAUCGUUCAGUGCAAAAGACGGCAGAGGGUGAUAUCCACUCGUCCCCCGGAGGCCGUGUCAGCAACUGGCUUCUCUUCUUCAAUGUUAUCUGGACCUUGGUCUUCGGUUGGUGGAUGGCCCUCUUCGCUGCCAUGGGAGCCAUGGCUUGUUUCAUCUUCGCUGCUGCCCCCAGCGGAAGAGAAUAUGGACGCGUCCUUUGGGGUCUUGCUGGCUACCUAUUCUACCCCUUUGGCAAAUACGUGCGCUUGGAGCAUGAUGAAGCCUACCUGGAUGAAGACGAGGGCGAGGGCCGUAGCAUCAGCGAGUACGAGCAGUGGCAGAGCGGUGACCUCGAGUAUGGUCGAUUGUUCUUUGGACCCGAUUCGGAGAGGAGCCGCUCCAUCAUUGGACGAUCGCGCAGAAGCAUCGAUUCCGAGCCGAGCGAGACGGACAGCCUUCUGGGGCGUGCCGGACGUCAUGUCCAUUUGGAUGAGCAGGGCAGACGACUCAAGAGGCGUUUGUUCGGCAGGGGACAGUGGAACAUUGGAAGAGUCAUCUUUUUUGUCUUUUUCUAUGGUCUGCUCACGCCCUCCCUGAUCAUCGUCUCCGCGAUUUGCUGGUUCUUGGUCUUCUGGAUCCCCAUGGGAAGGGUUACAAUCCUUCUCUUUGACCAUCUACGGAGGCAUCCCUUGGCCCUCUCCUUCGAAUCGGAUAUCUCCCUGGCCCGCACCUCGGACACUCCCCAUGCGUCCAUACUUCUCUGCACGUACAGAGCCGUUGGUACAAAGUACUGGAAGUACACUGUCGACGGAACCAAUAUCUUCCUGAUCAACCUCAUGGCUGUCGUCAUGUUUGUCAUAUUUGACUGGCUGGUGCUCGAGGGCGUGUUGCACGUCGAGAACUUUCUCACCCACCCCGGCUUCUUAUUCAUCGCCGGCCUACUCUCCAUUAUCCCCCUGGCCUAUUUCAUCGGUCAAGCAGUUGCCUCCAUAUCGGCUCAGUCCUCGAUGGGACUAGGCGCAGCGAUCAAUGCAUUCUUCUCCACCAUUGUCGAAGUCUUCCUAUAUUGCGUUGCCCUGAAUCAGGGCAAAGGGGCACUUGUUGAAGGUAGCAUUAUCGGUAGCAUCUUCGCAGGUAUCCUCUUUUUGCCAGGCCUCUCGAUGUGCUUUGGCGCAAUCAAGCGCAAGACCCAACGAUUCAAUGCGAGAUCAGCAGGUGUCACCUCCACAAUGUUGCUCUUUGCGGUGGUUGCUGCCUUUGGUCCAACCUUAUUCUAUCAGAUCUACGGUACACACCAGCUGACCUGUUCGGCUUGUGUGGAUUAUCCGGAUGAUCUACUAGGAAACGCAGAGCGUGACUGUCGACGGUGCUAUUUCUCUCAGACGCCGAACCUCGAAGAUCGAUUCUACAUCGAGGCCGUGCGUCCCUUCUGCCACAUCGCUGCCAUCUUCCUGUUCUUGUCUUACGUAACCGGGCUGUGGUUCACGUUGCGCACUCACGCUGCCGUCAUCUGGAAUACUGAAGUCGAGGAGAAGAAACACGAGGAACAGCAGCAGUUGGCUCGGUUGGUAGAGCAACACCAAAUCGCAGAAGCGACUGGUACAGAUAUUAGAGAUAGCAACCUGUACAAGCGCAUUCUUGGCCAGUCUCUGAAACAGGUUGGCCUUGGGACAGCACAUCACUCACGACAGCCUUCGGGUGUUGCUCCGCCCAAUGGCGCGAUGGCGACUGCCCAUUUGGUACCGCCAAAGACGGCAGACAGCGGUGCCGAUACCGACAGCAUUCGCUCCAAUGUCCACGUGCCAGGAUUUACCGAGGCGGAGAACAACAAUCUCAUCCGAGGUGUUACUGAACUGGCUGCUACAGCGGCUGCCAUUGCUGCUCGUGAUGCUAGGAACCCGCGCCGGAUCUCAGCCAACCCUGUGCCUCAGGCGCGCCCAACCCCACUGCGUACAAGCACGUUUCCUGACAUGGACGACCACGCCGAGUCUGCGCACCCUCAUGGAGGCCACGACGCCCCGAAUUGGAGCCGGACAAAGAGUGCUGUCAUCUUGAUGUCAGCUACUGUACUCUACGCCAUCGUUGCCGAGAUCCUGGUCGAUACAGUGGAUGUAGUCCUCCAGAACUUUUCGAUCGACGAGAAGUUCUUGGGAAUCACACUGUUUGCCCUGGUCCCCAACACAACAGAGUUCUUGAAUGCCAUAUCUUUCGCCAUGAACGGCAACAUCGCCCUAUCUAUGGAGAUCGGUUCCGCCUAUGCGCUUCAAGUCUGUCUUCUGCAGAUUCCGGCGUUGGUCUUCUUCUCGGCUGUCUACCCCGAGAGGGAAGGUGUGGUGGACGUGUCGAAAUACAUGUUCAGUCUCCUCUUCCCCCAAUGGGAUAUGGUGACUGUCAUUCUCUGUGUGUUCUUGCUCAGCUACGUCUAUGGCGAAGGCAAGAGCAACUACUUCAAGGGUAGCAUUCUGAUAUUCACAUACAUGGUGGUCAUUAUUGGAUUCUACUUCUCUGGCAUGACGGAUGACGUCCAGAUGGGCAUGUCCAGGUUCGACACGUUCAGUGCUGGGAAUGGGUGGACGUCGUACAAAACGAUUGGACGAAGCACGAAAGGGAUGGCGUACUAG